CGAGUUUGACAGAUGUUGGCGCCGCUUUGUGACUCACUGUCCAAUAACAACAACAGCAGUGCAGUUUGAACAAGAAAAUACGGCGACGGGAACGCACCCAUCUGACGAAACAGCGUCGUUUGCAGCAGUGAAAAUGCAUUGCCUCAGCGUAAUCGUGUUACUGGCAACAACCGUGUACCUCCCAGCAGCGACAUUGGCCCAAAGCUGGCAAUGUACGAUGGAGCAGUUCGAGUACGGGCCAAACAAAUCGGGCCAGUUUUGUGUGUUCCGGGCGGUCGAGUGGAAGCGAGGAAAGCCAGAGCCAGAAAUCGCUGCCAGCCCGGCAACGAACGUUGCCUUCGUCAACUCGCAGCUUUUCGCCUUACCGAACCGUUUCUACGAACAAUUUUCACGCCUAGAAAUGCUAGUAGCACGCAAUGUCAGCCUCGAAGAGCUAACGAUCAAGAACCGGCUGCGGAUCGUACACGUAGAGAUGAACGCGAUAGAAAAGUUAUCCGUCGAUGGUUCGAACACGAGGCUGAAAGAACUGCACUUGCGAGACAAUAGCUUGGGCAGCUUCGGCACCGCUGCGAACAGUUUGACCGGAUUGGAAGUGUUGGACCUGAGCAGCACAGGAAUUGCAGAAAACAACGAAGAUACGAUCGAUUUGUCAGUCUUUGCACCGUUGCCGAAUCUAACGGAACUGUACCUGGCCAAUGUGCGGGCACACUUUAUCGAGAAUGAAGUGAAAGCAUCGCUACCGAAGCUGAAGGUACUGGAUCUGACCGGCAAUCCGUUCACGCCGAGCAACUUUAACUUUGAGGUGUUCCGGACAGCUCCCAAUCUGGAGGAACUGUACCUGCGCGAUGGCUUCAUGUCCGAUCUGUCCGUUACCGACAUUCGUUACGACAUGCCCGCCCUGAAGCGUAUCCAUCUCGAUGGGAACGACUUUGACUGCAAUCUGCUCGAAACGCUGCUGAAGCACCUGGAAGAAAAGGGGGUGGAAGUGAUUGCUGCAUCGCGUCAAUGCUUCAUCGGAUAUGAAAGUUUGCAAGGAAUUUGCUGUAAGUCGGUCAUUGGUCGAGGACCUUCUACCGGUGGUGCCGGAGGUAGCGGUGGUACCGUCGCUACGUCCACCGAACCCAGCAGCGGGCAAACGACGGCCGAAACGACACGGACAAAGGAAGAACACACCACCAACGAUUCCGUCACGACGAACGAUAUUCCGCUCUACGUAGGCAUUGGACUGGCGGUGCUGGUUGGCGUUGCGGUUAUCGGCUUUUUAGGCUUUAAGCUGACCAGGAAGCAUCAACCGUUGUCAACGAUCGAUGAUCAAAUGCAUGUUCUGUAAAUGUGUGGAGCCAGUCCAAGAGGAAAGCAGCUAGUUUAACCUUUUCAUGGGACGCAAGCAAAAAACAUGUUUUCACCGCUUACCCGUUAGUGUCGUAGCACAACGGUACAGCAUUUAGGUUUUAAAUACCAACGACUCAGCCACCCAUGCCAGGGUCCAACCGUGUACCAAAUGAUAGUGCCUUCUGACAAUCGUUAUCGCUGUUGUUGGUGGAAAAUGGAAUCUGUAUUUUGUCUUUACUGUCACCUGGUUUUUUUGUUGACCGAACCAGAAUCCCUUUUGGAACCCCUACUAAAGUGCACUCGGCGUAUUGCAGAAGUGCCAUAACUACUACUACUACUGCUACUAGUUCGCGUAUAAUCACUACUUGCUUUUCACCAAUACACAUUGUAGAUGUAUUUUAAAAAGCAUCCUGUGUGUAACGCAGAUAUUACAAGAAAAAUAAAAUAUUUAAGGUUAGAUACAAUCUACCCUUUUUACUUUAGACCCUA